CAGAGCGAUGUCCCACGACGCAAAAGACACCAAAUACAAAAAUGGCUGAAAAAAUAAUGGCAACAACACAGCCCGAAAAACCAAAUCACUAUAAUUACUUGAAGGAAUUCCGUGUGGAGCAGUGUCAGUCUUUCUUGCAACACAAAUGCAAUCAACACAGACCAUUCAUAUGCUUCAAUUGGCACUUCAUGAACCAGCGUCGACGCCGACCUAUACGAAAGCGCGACGGCACAUUCAAUUACAGCGCCGAUAAUUAUUGUACAAAAUAUGACGAGACGACGGGCAUCUGUCCAGAUGGUGACGAUUGUCCGUAUCUACACAGAACCGCCGGUGACACAGAACGUAGAUAUCAUCUUAGGUAUUACAAGACAUGCAUGUGCGUUCACGACACAGAUGCUAGGGGAUAUUGUGUAAAGAAUGGUCAUCAUUGUGCCUUCGCGCAUGGGGUGCACGACCAGAGACCUCCUGUGUACGAUAUCAAGGAGCUGGAGAGCCUACAGGCGGCCGAAAAUAAUGGCGAUGGGCUCAAUGGGCCAAACGCACUAGAUAAGGAAAGGAAUUUAAUGAAUGAGGACCCCAAGUGGCAAGACACAAACUAUGUGCUGGCCAACUAUAAGACAGAGCCGUGCAAGAGACCGCCGCGUCUCUGCCGCCAGGGCUACGCGUGCCCGCAGUAUCACAAUAGCAAAGACAAGAGGCGCAGCCCUAGGAAGUACAAGUACAGGUCCACGCCGUGCCCCAAUGUGAAGCACGGUGAAGAGUGGGGCGAGCCAGCCAAUUGCGAGGCGAGCGAUAACUGUCAGUACUGUCAUACACGCACAGAGCAGCAAUUCCAUCCCGAGAUCUACAAGUCCACGAAAUGCAAUGAUGUCCAACAGGCGGGCUAUUGUCCCAGGAGCGUGUUCUGUGCAUUCGCUCAUGUUGAACCGUACAUCCUCACUGAGGACAUGCAGAAUAGGGACUUGGAUGGUCCCACGUCCAAUUUGGCGCUGGCCGACAUCAUUUCCAGUGCUCUGCCGCAAGAGUGCAAAAAGGACAAGAAUGAUAUGAAUAUAUCAUCACUGCACAAUGGCAGUGGCGAGAGCAGUGAGUCUGCCAGCACAUCGAGCCUGGGAUCAAAUAGUUCUCACAACAAGGCACCGGGAUCGCAAUUGCAUCAGAAGAUGAAUGCAUUUAAUAGCAACUUAAACAACAACUCUGCUAAUACCAAUUCGAGUAUGACUCCAUUCUCUGACUUGGCGCCAGAAAUCAAUAAGCAAUUAUUAGCGAUAGAGAAUGACCCGACUUUGAGCCCAAUGGAGAAGGAGCAGAGGAAGCGAAUGUGUCUGACAUUCUUAGGAUCAAUGCAAUCAAUAAAUAUGUUUCCAGCUCCCAGUAAUUCACUGGAGCGCGAUUUGCUGUCCAGUCAUAUUGUUGAGAACUCGUUGUCGGCUGGCAUCGCUUCAGUAGGACUUUUACAAAAUUCAUCAGCACCUGUUAAUAUUCCAAAUUCGCCGAUAGGGAAUUCAAUUUCUGGACUUUUUCAAGGAGCUUCGGCGCCUGUUAACAUUCCUGGAAGUUCACUGGGUAACUUCAGUCCAUCGUCCAAUCGUUCUAAUUUGUUCUCCGUUGGCGAUCCAUUCAGUCACAUUGGCAGCGGUUCAGCGCCGAAAAUCAACAAUUCCUUCGGUCCAGGCGACGGAAUCUUCUUCCAGUCGCACCUAAUAUCGCCGGGUCUUGGCGAUCCGCUAUCCAUUAGUCCAGAAGUGAAGCUGAGGGAGGAUUUAACCAAUAAUGGAUCACUAUUCGACAAUGGUCUGUCGCACAGCAAUAAGGCGUUCUCCAUGUCACCGUGCCUCAAUGCGGCCGGUCUGACUGAAAUAUCGCGCUUGAAGGAUGAAUUGGCCAACAAGAAUGCCCAAUUGAUGAACUACGAGGAGCAGAUGAUGCAGAGUAAUAAGGCGUAUGAAGCGUGGAAGAUGGAGAUUGAUGAAAGCAAUAGAAAGCAGACUGCAAUAGCUGAACAACAGCGGGAUGAGGCUUUGAGUCACGCGAAGGCACUCAAAGACAAAUUGGAUAUACUAAGCGCGCAAAAUGGUUCGACGAUCACAAAUAGCUCCUUGAGAGGAAUGUCCUUGCAGAAAUUGAAGACACUUCAGACGAAACUUAAGAAUGAGUUGGAGGAGGUUGAGAAAGUGCUGUAUUUGGAGACAGCGACAAAGUGUAUGAAAUGCGAAGAGAACAAUCGUACCGUGACUUUGGCACCAUGCAAUCAUUAUGUUCUGUGUGACUCUUGUGCGACUACCGUGAGGGAGUGUCCGUAUUGCCAAACACCUGUUCAGUCUCAGACGUAAGCUGGCAGGGAAAGGAGGUAAAUCAAUAUGGAAAUUAGGUUGUACGUGAAAAUAAUAUGAAAUAUGCAGAUAGGAAGAAAAAAUAUGAAAAUAUAUGUGUACAUAAUGAACUAUAUAUGCGAGAAAGCAAAAGAUAUCCACACUUGAAACCUAAUAGCGAAAUUCUAAAAGAGAGAAACAUAAAUUUCCAUGCAAGAUUGAAAUAGUAGAAUAACAAAUUUACCUACAAUAUGAAGAAAAAGAUGAAGGAAACUUUUACAAAAUUUAAACCACACAUAUUUCCACAGUAAUAAAAAAAAAACAAUGAAUCUAUUGAGCGAGUGUAUAGGAUUUACUAGAAGAGUGGAAAUACAAUAUAUAAUAAUGAAUAAGAAAAUAUACUAAGAAAUUGACAUGAAUUUGGUAUAGGAACAAGAAAAUUUUUGAAGAAUACAAUGCAACAAAAAAAAAUUAAUAGUAAGAUUGAGAGUGAAUUAAAUUUGAGAGAUAAGAGAAGAGAAAAUAUUUUUUUAAGAGUCUACUUGAGAAAGCUCUUUAAUUGCAAUAAUUUCCUAGAUGUUCGUAGAAAUGCGAGUGAAAAAAAUGUGUGUGAGAGAGAGAGAAAGAAUAGGUUAGAAAAAAAGGAAUAAAACAUUUAGAGUUUCUAUGUUUCUCAAAAUUUUAAAAAGGAAAGAAAUUGAAUUGACGUAAAAAGGUACUUUUCUUGGCCUAAAUUCCAUUUUGUGAUUUAAUGACGAAUAAUUAUGAAUUUAUAUAAAACUUUUUCUUGUAUUAGAAUUUAUAUUUGAGUUUUUCAUCAUAGUUUUCACUCAAAAUUCUUUUUCCAAAAUAUUUAUUUUUUUACGUUUCUGCAGAGAAGAUGAAAAGAUGUUGAAUAAUUAUAUUUUUUCUCAGAAUAUUGAGUUUAGAAGAGGAGAAAAUUAAGAUUAGAGGAGUAAUACAUUAAUAAAAAAUUAUAUACAACAUUUAAGAAUGGAUAGUAAUUAGAAUUUUGAAGAUGAAGAUGAUGUGUGAACGGAGUUGUAAAGUAGGCGAUUUAAAGAGAAGGAAAAGCACUUUAAUAUUUAAUUAUUAUUCCCUAUUCAGUAGGUGUAAAUAUGUCGAGUAAAUUGGGUAAGAUCUAUUGGGACAUUUGGUAUUAAAUCUACUGAAUUAUGACAGAUCCACACAUGAAAAAAGUGUUUCUAAAUUGUGUGAAUCAGGGCGUUGGGAAUGGCAUUGUGUGACAUUAACUCUCUUGUACAGUUUAUUUGAACUUUUUAUCCCUGAAUAGAUAUCUAUAAUCACUUUAAUAAUUUACAAACUUCUCUAAACUUUUUCCAAAUGCUAAAAACUCAACUCCCAAAUAAAAGAUACAAGAAAACAAGUUAUAUUAUUUAAAAGGAAAAUAUCAAAAUGACUGAUUUUUAUAUGAGCAUAAAAAUGGAUGAAAGUAUUUGUAUAAGAGAAUAACGAAUUGAUAGAGAGAGAAAGAGAGAGACAGAGUGAAAGUUUUGAAAAAGUUAAGAAAACACCCACAAAUCUACAAUUAAAUGGUCCUUUUAUACGUACUAGAUUUUCUUCUAAUUUUUGAACUACAUUUUUCUAUGUAGAAACUAUGCUCAAAUAAUGACGAAAAAAGAAAAUAAACCAAUACACAAGAUACAAAAAUAAUAAGUAAUAACAUGAGAAACCGAAUUUGAAAUAAAACCCAAAACAAAUUUACAUGUAUUUUUCCCUCUUGAAGAGCAAAGAAACUUUCUUAUUAAACACUUACACUCUACAUAUAAAGAUUAAUACAGAAAACAAUUUUGAUAAUAGAGAAGAAUUUAGUUUGUCAUGGAUCCUCGCAAUUGAACAGAAAGAGUAGAGGAUAUUUGUGCGACAUACUUAAAAUUAUGAUUUUAUGUCAUUGAAGAAAAUUGAUAAGAUCAUUGAAAUGUGGAAAAAUAAUGCAAAAGCAUUAUGACAAAGUUGAUAAGGAAUCAUAAACUUGGAUGAAUAAAAAAAAAUUAUUUAGAGAGGAGAAUAUUUACAUAUUGUAUUUUGAUGAGAGAGAAACACAGAGACAGAGUAGGGGGUGUGAAGGAAGGAAUAAGAAAAAUACGAGUGUAAUUUUCUCUAUUACAAGAAAUACAUUAAAAAUAUUAUAUUCUUGAUAUGUAUUGAAAUAUAAAAGAAAACACAGACAAAAAGAAGAAAAAAAAUGAAGUAGAAUAGGUAGGAUAACAAAUUAUAUUUUAAUUGAAUUUUAUUUUUUAUCACUUAAAAAAACAUCUACAUUCAUGUUUAAUCUUUAGUUCUUUAAAAAAAAAAUAUUUUAACAGCAUAUAAACUAUGAUCUUUCACUGCAACAUUUACAUAAACUUAAAUGUUUUUGUGAAUAAAGAAAAAAAAAUCUUAUAUUAUAACGAGCUUUUAUGCAAAAAAGUGUCUUGAGCAGCAAAAACGAAAAAUCCAUUUCUGACUAAUUCUCUAAUAGCAUUUCUUUGGUAGGAAUUUUAUUCAAAAUUAUUACAUGAUAUUCUUCGUGUCACUACAGUAUUAAAUGAAAUGAGAAAAAAAUUAUGUUUACUAACAUUCAGUUUACAGCAAAUUAUUUUUUUGUAGUCUUUCUUUAAAGGAAAAUGAAGAAGAAAAGAAAUUGUAGCUUUUUUGAUAACUAGGUUUAUGAAAGGAAAUUUUGUGAUGAUAUUUUAUAAAAGGAGAAGAAAAAAAUGAAAGAAACCUUAUGAACUGACCUAUACAUAAAUCACAAGCACUUUUUGCAUAAUUUUUGUUUUACUUUUAUUAUUUUACUAAUAUAAUAUGUAUAUCAAAACUCUAACAAAUACACAAAUGAAAACAAUAUACACAAAUCAUAAAAAAAUAGGGUAAGAAUAAUUUCUAUACUAAUUAUUAUUCUCAGUGUAUUAAAAGAAAAAUAGAUUGUGACGAAGUGAAUUAGUGGGAUAAUUAACGAAAAAUAUUAUAUAGAAAAAUAUUUUUUUCAAAUUGGAGAAUUCACUUAUGGAAUGAAAAAAAAAUGCCACUAAAGUCUGAUGAAACUGAAAUUAUUUUAAUACAAAGAUAUUUGGGUUUCUAUACCACUAGUGAUAAUCAUUGUUUUUAUCCUGCUAAUUAUAAAUGAUAACAAAAGAUUGCAGUUUAGAUAUGAAUUCUUCAAUUUGUCGAGAAAAAUCCCUUGUAAUAUCCUAUUUUGCACUAUUCAGUUUUAGUCUCGAAAGAAACUUAAAUAAAUAUGCAAUACAACUGAAAUAUCAUUUAUAACUAAUAUUAUGUAUAAUUAAAUGAAAAUCUUUGUUUUUUGUUAUUCUACGCAUUUUACAAUUUUUCUAUUUUCAUAAUAUCUCAUGACUACAUUUGAAAAGUGAACGAAAGAAGAUUGAAAUGAAUAUUUCCUUUUUGAAAAGAGUAAAGAAAAAUCAUUUAUUGAUAUUAAAAAAAAAUUGAAAAAAGUGUAAGUAGGUAGUAUUUAACAAAUUUACAAUUCUUAAUAUACUGAAGAAGAGAGAGAUAGAGAGAGUGAAGAGAAGGAUAAAUUCGAGAAGUAGGAUUAGAAAUUAAUAAAUAAAAGAGUUGACUAGAAAUUUUGGAAUUUGAAAAAAGCGAAUAUGAGAAAUUAAUAAUAAAUUGAAGACACAAUGAAAGGACAAAUCACAAUAGAUGGAGAUAAGAGAACAAGUAAAUAAUAAAGAAAAAAUGUUGCAAAUAUGGAAAUGGUUAAAUAUACAAAAUGAAAAUAGUCAACGAUAUAACAUUUACGCAAAACUAAUAUUUAAAACAAUAUAUGAAAUAUUACAAGCAAUUUCUAAAAUCAUUCAGUAAACAAGAUGAAAAAAAAUACCUGCAUUUAUAAUUUUAUAGAAUCCUGCGAUGAACCAAAAUUGUAUUUUCCUGUACUUGAAUUCUUUUGAAAGAAAAAGCAAACAUUACGCGGGAAAGCGCGAAUUGUGAGAGACAUAUAAUUCCAAAAAAAUAUAUAUUGAAAUCUAUUCAAAAUAUAUCUUAUAAAAAUAAUUUUAUGGUAAAAAAAAGAGAAAGAAUUGAAACAUAUUUGAAGGUUUGCAAAAAGAAAUAAAAAAUCAGUGUGAACAAUUUUUUGAAUCAUGAUAUAGAGAAAAAGUCGAGUACAAAGUCUGGCUGAAUCUUACUUUGGAAAAUUAAGGAUUUCUAAGUAACACAUAAUGGGAAAGAAACUUGUGAAAAUAUAAUGGAAUUCCUCCUGAUAAAAGCACUGUGGUGAAGAGAAGUGACGAUGAAAAUAUUAGGCAACCUGAAUUAUAACAUAAAAUUAAAAAAAAUAUGAGAAAAUAUUCAUCAAAAUAUUUGUAGGAAUGAAAUGAAAAUCAGGUGAAACCCUCAGAAUAAUGAAAUGCAGCAUCAAAAUGUCACUAAAAAUUCAUACAAUCUGUUUUUAACUGAAUGUGAUUGAAAAAAAGAAUAUGUCAAUAAAAAGUGAAAUAAUAAAAAUUCCCUGUUCAUAAUUGACAAACGUCAACGCUAAUUAUAUUCGAUUAAUUGUGAUAAAUUUUCCCAAAUUCCACAAUGAUGCUGCAUGGAGUGAUAGAAGAGCUAUCUCUAGGGUAUGGAAACAUGUAAUAUCAUUAAUAAUAUAAAGUAAUAAAUGUUGUUACUGUAUUAGUUGAUUCAUGAUUUUCCUAAUUGAUAUAACACAUUGAGAUUCACGAGGGCGCGAUAAACAAGUUUGAGAGCAAAAGAAGUUAAUUACAAUGAAAAUAACGAAGAAUUAAAAAGGAAUAUUAACUGCAGGAACGGAUAAAAUAAAGAGAGAUGCUUUAUAUGGAACAGUUAUAAUCUGUAAUUUGCUUAUUACAAUUAUUUAUUGUAUACUAAAGAGAUGAGAAAUAUGAAACAAAAAAUAAAUUAUAAAAUUGAA